AUGCACGUCAAUGGCAAGGUGGCCCUGGUCACCGGCGGGGCGCAGGGCAUCGGCAGGGCUUUCGCCCAGGCGCUGCUGGGCAAGGGCGCGAAGGGAACGCUGCUGGACCGCAACUCCGAGGCCGGGCAGGAGAGCAAGGCGGCCCUGGCCGAGCAGUUUGAAGCGCAGAGGACGGUGUUCAUCCAGUGCGACGUUACGGACCAGGAGCAGCUGAAAGGUGCUUUCAAAAAAGUAAUUGAACAUUUUGGAAGGCUGGAUAUUGUGGUUAAUAAUGCUGGAGUGAACAAUGAGAAGGACUGGGAAAGCACUAUACAAAUUAACUUGACAUCUGUGAUUAGAGGAACCUACCUCGGCCUAGAAUACAUGGGAAAAGGAAAUGGAGGCAAUGGGGGAGUAAUCAUUAAUAUCUCAUCCUUGGCAGGACUCAUGCCUGCUGCAUUCCAACCUGUGUACUGUGCUACAAAGCAUGGUGUAAUUGGAUUCACACGGUCAAUAGCAUUAGCUGCUAAUAUGGAAAACUACGGUGUGAGACUCAACACAAUUUGUCCAGGAUUUGUCAACACACCAAUUCUUCAGUCAAUAGAUAAAGAAGAGAAUAUGGGACAAUAUUAUUCAUAUAAGGAUGAGAUCAAAAAUAUGAUGCAGUUAUAUGGCGUGAUGGACCCAUCAAUAAUUGCUGAGGGACUGAUAACAAUAAUUGAAGAUGAUACUCUAAAUGGAGAAGUUAUGAAGAUUACGGCAUCCCAAGGGAUUCAUUUUCAGCAAUACAGCCAAACACCUUUUACAUCAGCAAAGAGAUAA